ACCGUUUAGCAGCGAGCGGGUUCGGAGAGCUUCAGUCGUUGGUCGCGAUAGAAAAGCACAAAUCGGAAAUUUUGGCCCCGGGUGGACGCCACAAGAAUGUCUAAUAACUGCCUCAUAACAUUCGAUCAAAACGAGCAUGGCACAUAUUUUACGGGCCAGGUCGUGACCGGCAAGGUGAUAGUUAAUUUCAAUAAGACCAAAAAACUGCGAGGUAUUAAACUACAAAUCAGCGGCUAUGCCUGUGCUCAAUGGCGUCGAAAACAUGGCCGAGCUCAGCCCACAAAUCAAUUUCGUCCCGGCCGCAAACGGUUCUUUAUGGGCCGGGAGGAUUACAUAGCCUCGACAACAUAUCUGAUGGGCUCGGAGCAGGGUCAGACGUUCAAUAUUGAUGCGGGCAGCUAUACAUACACUUUCGCCUGUCCCAUACCAAGUCAUUGUCCAUCCUCCUUUGAGGGCAUCUAUGGGCAUAUACGCUACCUGGCCAAGGUGACGUUCAUUCGACCGGGUGCCUCGAAUCGCACUACCAAUGUGGGCUUCACAGUGCUCAAGCUGCUCGAUCUGAAUCAGGAGAACAAAUUGCUGCGUGAACCAGCCAGCAGCGAGGGCAUGGAAUACUUUUGCUUCAUGCACACCAAACCGGUCCAUAUGAAGGUGACGCUGCAGCAGCAGGGCUAUGUGCCCGGCCAGUUUAUGCUGAUCCAUGCCGAUGUGCGUAACAAUUCCAGCAGCGAUUGCAAGAAGCUGAUGAUUAUGAUAUAUCUGCGCGCCACCUACACAGCCGACACGCCCGCCCUGCGCACCGUCUCCGAGAAGAUCCUGCUGGCCAAGCGCGAGGGUGGACCAGUGCUCCACAAUUGCCAGAAAUCCUACACGGAAUCGCUGCGCAUACCGGCCACGGCGCCGACAUGCGAGCACCUAAGCAAGGUAGUGCGUGUGUCGUACGAGGUGCGCAUUGUGGCUGUGAUGAACUGGCUGAUGGCCAAUCCCAAGGUCGUCAUACCCAUUACCAUUGGCAAUGUGCCCCUGGCUACCGUUGGGCCAGCCGCACCGUUUGGUAUCGCGGCCGUGCCCCGCGACUUGCCGUGUACCUCGGCAAGGGCCAUGGAAUUGGCCUCGGGCAUAAACAAUCCCAGUUACGAGCUAACCGAAGAGCUGGAGGAUUACGAGCUUCCCGAGGAUGGGGACGACGAGUUCGAGGUCGAGGAGGACCUGGUCCCUGAACUGCCUCCGCCCACCUAUGAGCAGGCGAUGUUUAUGACGGCCGACAUUGCGGAUACGGAUGCCAACACGGUCAGUGAGGCGUCUCGCUUUACGCCACGCUAUCCCGUCUUCGAUGUGGACACAUUCCAGAGUCCACCGCCUAAUCCGCCACAGAAGAAGCGUCGUCGUCGCCGUCGCCGUGACGAACAACGUCCAGAGAAGAAGCAGCCGGCGGAGGCGCGGAACACAGAAAUGGAACGAGAACCCGUAGAGUCGCCCAUCCAGAUUUGAUUGCUUAUCAAAUGCAAUAUCUUAUCUUAACAGUAUUUAUAUUAAUCAACGCAAAAUUGUGUUAUACCCAAGCGAGAUUGUUUGCAAAGUGUCUUAGGCAAGAUAUUUCGUAGAUAAACAAACAAUAUAAAACCGUCUUCCGGCAAAAGUUCAAGUCAUGCAAAAAA